AUGUCAACAAGCCAAGAAACAACACUUGUUACAUCUACUCCCUCUGUUGUUACCAAAACCACAACAACACCUUCCAGAACCACUGGAGCAAUUACAACAAAAGCUUCAGAAGAAUCUACAACCCAAGGUCCCUCAACGAAUGUAGGUACAAGAAAGCCCAUUGAAGUAACUUCUGGUCAAUUAACAUUCUCCACCACAGCAAUUUUUGAAACCACAACUUCAGCGGCAGAGGCAACAAGCAGAAGGAGUGAAACUACAAUCGUAUCAUCAAAGCCAUCUCUUCAUACAACCACUACAGAAGGCCCUAUCACAUCUACAAACAGAGCCACAACUGAAUCUGUUACACGGUCUGAAACAACCUUUGCUGUUAUAACCGGACAGUUACACACAUCAAGCGUACUUACAAACCCAUCCAUAAAAAACACAACAGCCUUAACCACUGAAAGCCCAGUUAGUGCUACAACUGUCAUUGCACCGAUUACACAGACACUCCCAGGAAGUGCAACAGUUUAUCCACCUUCAUCAACCGGAGCAACUUUUCCUUCAUCUACACAAUUUACCACAGCUUUAUGUGUGUGUAAUGUUAACGGAACAUCUCAUCAUUCGGGAGACUUGUUAUACAAUGUUACUGAUGGCCUUGGGUGGUGUUACAGUGCAUAUUGCAAUGCAUCCUGUAAGGUUGAAACACAAUCCAGCCCAUGUCCAACCACAUCAACACCUAGCACUACUGCACAUUCUUCUACUUCAUUACUGAGCUCAACCACAAAGGCCCCAACUUCAAGCUCUGGACCCCUGACCACAGUAACAACAUUAGCAUCUACAGCUACUCUAGAGUGCUCUGAUGUGUAUCCACCAAGACAGAAUGGAGAGUCCUGGAAUACUAGCAAUUGCACCACAGCUACUUGCAUCGAAGGCAAGGUAACGGUCACAGCUACAGUCUGUCCAAAUGUAACCCUCCCCAUCUGUACCAAUGGGAGGAAACCUGUCAAGAUCUAUGAACAAAAUGGAUGUUGCUUCCACUAUGAAUGUGAAUGUGUAUGUAAUGUCUGGAGUGGAUCCAACUACAUGACAUUUGAUGGACAAAUGUAUAAUUUUCAACAGAAUUGCUCUUAUUACUUAGUUAAGGAGAUUAUUUCAAAACAUAACUUAACGAUUACUAGAAGCAAUAACUGUGAUCCUUCAGACAGCACAUUCUGCCCUCUGGCUCUAAGUGUCACAUAUCAAUCAGUAAAGGCAGUUUUGACUCAAGUGAAAACUUCAGGAACACCAACCAAUGUGGUGUAUGUGAAUCAGAAACGUGUCUAUCCAGCAUAUAGCAAUUCUGUUAUGCUGCUUUAUGGCACAGAUAUGGAGAUCACAGCAGUGGUACAGGAUAUCAACACAAAAAUAGUCUAUAGAGGCUCCUCCUUCAGUAUUGACCUUCCUUAUUCUCUGUUUGGGGGAAACACUGAGGGACAAUGUGGUACCUGUGACAACUCGCAGGCCAAUGACUGCCGUUCUCCAAAUGGCCAGAUAGAAAGCUGCUCAGAAUCUGCAGGACUCUGGACUCUCCCCGGGACCAGCUGUGUCUCCCCAAGCCUUCCUUCUGUUACUGCAACUGCACAACCGCUAACAUCUUCAUCACAGCACCCAAAUCCAGCAACACAACCAACCUGCAAACCUGCCAUCUGUGAGCUACUUAUGAGCAGUUUAUUCACCCCGUGCCACUCAUUCAUAUCCCCUGCACCAUUUGUGAGCUCUUGCACCUAUGAAAUUUGUGAUGGUGGUAAUGACACGUGCUCCAGCCUGGAGGCGUAUGCUGCUGAGUGUUCCAAUGCAGGAGUCUGCAUUGACUGGAGGAGUGACACCAACGGACUGUGUGAGCACAGAUGUCCAAACAACAAAGUGUACAUGGCAUGUGGCCCCUCAGUAGAGCCCACAUGCAAUGACAGAUACAACAGGAAGUUUCAGGCAGAUGUGACAUCAUCUGCCAACUACACCCAGGAAGGCUGCUUCUGUCCUCAGGGCACCACGUUGUUCAACACAGUUUAUGACACAUGUGUCGCCUCCUGCGACUGUGUUGGACCAGAUGGAAAACCCAAACAGCCAGGGGAAACAUGGACCAGUGAGUGCAGCAGCUGUGAGUGUGACCAGGACUCCAUGAGUGUCCGCUGUGAGCCGGUGACCUGUCCUGAGGUCCAGAAGCCCAACUGCAGUGAGCCCGGCCAGCAGCUGACCAACACAAGCCAAGGCUGCUGCACAACACAGACCUGUGAAUGCAACCCGAACCUGUGUGCUGGUCCUGUGACCUGCCCUCUGGGCUUCCAGCUUCACGUGUCCAACAGGACCUGCUGCCCGUCCUACGAGUGUGUUCCUAAAGGUGUGUGUGUCUAUGACAUGACUGAGUUCAAGCCUGGUGCCAAGAUACCAACACCUCAGACAGUAACAGAAGCUCCACUGGAGGAGGUGUCAUUUGCCAUAGUGCCAUCUGGGACAGGAGGAGAUGUACAGGAGGAGUCUUUCAUUCCUGCAGCCUGCCAGGAGUGUUACUGCGGCCCCGACACACACCCCACCACCAAACUCAACGUCAUCACAUGCAGACCUGUUGUCUGCCACACAAACUGCUCUGAAGGGUUUGAGUAUCAGCCUGCAGCAGGUCAGUGCUGUGGUUCAUGUGUACAGAAAAGAUGCAUUCUCACCACUUCUGGGAACAACACAGUCCAGAUCAUUGAGGUCAACAACACGUUUGUGCCACCUGGUGAUAAGUGUGUGCAAUACACAUGUGAGGAGAUUAACGGACAGAUUGUGAUGAAGGAAACAAGGACCAGUUGUCCUCCCUUCAACCCGCUGGACUGUGAAGCUGGAACUGAGACGACCGACGCCUCCGGCUGCUGCACAACCUGUCGGCUCCAGAGUGUCUGCCAGGUGGAGAGUCAGCAGAUCAUAGUUGAGGUGAACCACUGUGUCAGUGCUGUGCCGGUCAAUGUUACAUCAUGUGUGGGACACUGCAGGAGCUCAUCUAUGUACUCAGCUGCAGCCAACUCCAUGAUGCACCAGUGUGAGUGUUGCCAUGAGGCCACAACCAGCAUGAAGCAGGUGGAGCUGACCUGCGCUGACGGCUCCACACUGCAGCACAGCUACAGCCAGGUGGAAAGCUGCCGCUGCAGGACGGAGACAUGCUCAGCGGGCGCCACAACCAGAGCCCAGCGCCGCAGGAGGCGCUGACCUGCUCCUCAAUCACACCAGGGAACAACUUUUUCACACUUUAUAGCACAAUAUGCUCUUCUACAGAGUCUGUUAGAAUUAAACUAUGUCUGUAUUUCUCACUGAUAAGAAAUAAAAUAUGUCUGCAAAAUGAU